AUGAAAAUUCCUAAUAGUUUUACCUUUUUUUUACUAUUCUUUGUUUCGUUAUGUGCAGUAUCAAAUGCUCAAAUGUCUGGUAAAAAAUGUAAUUUACCAGAAAUCCCUCAAACUUUGGAUAAUGGUUCACACAGUGUAUUCAUGUUGGCUCAAUUAAUGCAAAAUAAUGUUGUUAUUAGUUCAUAUAAUCAUACAUUUCCAAAAGGUACUGGAUCAACAUUUUUCAGUGAUUCAAAUAAAGUUAGUGUUUACAAUUCUGGUGAAAAUUUCCAUAUUGAAUAUAAAAUAGUUAGCGGUUAUAGUGGAGUUUAUUAUAACGAAGAUUGCACAAGUAAAGGUCAAAUUCCAUCUGAUUCCUAUAGUGUAGUAAUUUAUAGUGGUGGCUCUGUUACCAUGGGUAGUACAUAUUAUUACCAAUAUAAAUUUAUCUUAACUAAAGUUUAA